AUGAAGCGUAAAGUUCUUCUCAUGGGCGCUUCGGGGAGUGGCAAGACCUCAAUGCGCUCGCUUAUCUUCUCAAAUAAUCCCGCGUCCUUGACUGAAAGGCUUGGUGCAACAAUCGACGUUGAACAAAACCAUGUUCGUUUUCUUGGUGACCUCAUCCUAAACUUAUGGGACCUAGGGGGGCAAGACUCCUUCAUGGAUUCCUAUCUUACCACUCAACGAACAACCAUAUUCCAACAAGUUGGUGUGAUGAUAUACGUAUUUGAUGUCGAAACUAGGGAAAUGGGCAAGGACCUCGAGUAUUUCCGUGACUGUAUGGCUAGCCUGAAACAGUACAGCCCAGAUGCCGCGGUGUUCCUGCUGAUCCACAAAAUGGAUCUUGUAAGGGAACCUCGACACCUCACAUUCCAGAAAAAGAAACAAGAGCUCGAAGAAGCGAGUGGAGAUACGAAAGUAAACAUCUUUGGAACUAGUAUCUACGACGAAAGCUUGUACAAGGCUUGGUCAAAUAUAGUGCACACUCUGAUACCAAACGCAACCAUCUUGUCAAAACACCUAAAUACCUUUGCAGGGGCUUGCAAUGCAACGGAAGUAAUUCUUUUCGAGCGUACCACAUUCCUCGUCAUCGCUACGUCUGCUUCCUCACCGUCAUCACCAAGUUUAACACCUGGGUCAGAAGACAACACAGAGACCGAACCAUUGAACCCCAAGCGAUAUGAACGUACAUCUGAACUUAUCAAGGCCUUUAAGCACUCUUGCUCUCGCGUUAGAGAGGAAUUCCGUUCCUUAGAAAUGGAACUCUAUGAUUUUACAGCUGUUCUUGAUGAAAUGACCAGGAACACAUAUGUGCUGAUCAUAGUCCAUGAUCCUACGAUAGAAACAGCAGCAUUAAAAUUGAACAUUCGACUGGCGCGCAGCAAGUUUGAAGAAUUGCAGAGUGACAGUCUCGUUUCAUGA